UUCCCCCAGAGCAAACUCCUGACCCCUGCGCUCUACGCACUCCUGACCCCUGCGCUCCACGCACUCCUGACCCCUGCGCUCCACGCACUCCUGACCCCACGCACUCCUGACCCCUGCGCUCCACGACCCCACUCCCUCCCUGACCCCUGCGCUCCACGCACUCCUGACCCCUGCGCUCCACGCACUCCUGACCCCUGCGCUCCACACACUCCUGACCCCUGCGCUCCACACACUCCUGACCCCUGCGCUCCACGCACUCCUGACCCCUGCGCUCUGUGCGCUACACACUACUCUCCCCUGUGCUACACACCCCUUUCUUCACAGUCUUAA